AUGGUCCACGGGAUCAUGGAGGUGGUGCGGGAGAUGCGCGAUGCGAACAUUAGGUGGAUCGUGAUGGGGGACGACGACUCUAUUUUUUUCGUGGAGAAUAUGAUCGACGUUCUUAGAGGAUUCGAUCAUCGGAAGUACUACUAUAUUGGGGGGCAAUCAGAAUUUAUUUUAAGCUAUCCUCUUGCAAAAGCUCUUGCAAGUGAUAUGGAGAAUUGUCUAAGACGAUAUACUCAAUUCUUCACAUCUGAUACUCAUACUAUGUAUUGUAUUGCUGAUAUUGGUGUCAAUCUAACUCCUCUCAAAGGAUUUCAUCAGAUCGAUUUACGCGGCGACCUCUCUGGAUUAUUAUCCUCACAUCCAAAAUUUCCACUACUCUCACUACAUCAUAUAGACUUGGUAGAACCAAUAUUCCCGGGCAUGGAGCAUCAACAGUCGAUACGCCACCUCAUGGAGGCAGCUACGGCUGACCAAUCCUGUAUGCUGCAGCAGACCAUUUGCUACAAUAGGGAGAGCAAUUGGUCCGUGUCCAUUUCAUGGGGCUACUCUGAUAGGCUUUGGAUCGCCUAUCGGACUAAGAGCACUCGUGACUGUGUUGAAUCGAAGAAAUUGGAACCCUAG